GUGCGCAGGAUAAGAGUCAGCAAUCCAUGGACUCUGCCCCCUCUAUAAAACAGAGUCACCCAUUUUCACCAUUUUCUGAAGGUCAGCGUCACUCAUUCCCAUAAACACCCCUCCUUCAAAAAUCAUAAAAUAUAAAGAAAUAAACCCACUUCUGUUUUCUUCACUUGCUUCCGUCUCUGAUCUCUCCCUGAAGUCCUCAAACUGAAUACCGCAUUUACUCUCUGUUUUUUUUUUCUCUCUGAAAAAAAGGAUAAUUAGAAGUAGAGUAGCAAUUAAGAAUGAGGGACUGCCCUCUGGUUAUCGCCCAACGUGGUGUCUGUCUAAUCAACUCUGAUAAUCAGGUUUUUGUAGCUUCCAGAUUGAAUGUUCCAGGAGCGUGGCAGAUGCCUCAGGGGGGUAUUGAAGAUGGUGAGGAGCCAAAAUCUGCAGCUAUUAGGGAAUUGCGAGAAGAAACUGGAGUAGUGUCUGCUGAAUUUGUUGCUGAGGUUCCUAAUUGGUUAACAUAUGAUUUUCCUCCUGCUGUAAAGGCCAAAGUGAAUCGACUCUGGGGAGGUGAAUGGCAUGGGCAAGCACAGAAGUGGUUUCUUAUGAGAUUAACAAAAGAUGAGAGCGAGAUCAACUUAGCAAAUGGAGAGGCAGACCCAGAAUUUGCUGAGUGGAAAUGGGCAACCCCUGAAGAAGUUGUGGAGCAGGCAGUGGACUAUAAAAGGCCGACCUAUGAAGAAGUUAUGAAGACCUUCAGGCCUUACUUUAGUGACAAUAGCAAAGCCGCUAAAUGUAAAUCGACAAAAUGGUGAAAUGCUAUGGUGUGUUUUUGUAGGUUUCUCUCUAUGGGGUUUUUUCCCUUUUUGUUGCUAGUGAUUAUAUUUGGACUCUCUUCAUCCAUCUUUGCUCUCUGUAAAUGGAUAUGGCGGUUAGAACUUCAAAUUUAGAUGGUUGUUUCUUUGUAAUAAAAGUAAAAAAGAAAGAGUCAUGCUCUUGGUUUUUGAUUGGA